AUGUCAAAAUCCAGUCCCAAUUCUCUUGCCGAAGGAGGGCGGAUGGUAAGCGCCCAGUUCGUCGACAUUGGGGUAGCCAACAUGAAGCAAUUAGAUACCGAGUCUGACCCAUUCUGGAAAGCGAUUUUCAACGAGCAGCAGCGCUUUGGACUGUGGGCUCGUAAUCUGGGACUUUAUCAUCGUGGACAUAACUCCCUUGAUUAUCGACUCUGA